AGCGAGGCCGAGAAGGAAGCGGAUCCACUGCCGCGCAGCUAAACCGUAUCGAGCUAUCAUCUUCGUCUCCCUCCGCCGCUAUAGGGGCCUAAGCGGGAGCAGCUGGGACGGCGUCACUGAGAGGGCUGGGGGCGGAAGUGGAGGCGGAGGGAGACGGUACAGACCGCAGGGCCUUGGGCCGUAGCGGCGAGGCUCUGGUGGGCGCGAGGCAGGGGAGGGGGAGGAGGAGGAGCCCGCGGCCCGGGCGGCGGCGGCGGCGGCGGCGGCGGCGCCCGAGUUCCCCGUAGGGCCCCGCCUCAGAGCGGGCGGCGGUGGAGGAGGAGACUGAGGAGCAGGAUGGCGGCCUCGGCCCUGUACGCCUGCACCAAGUGUACCCAGCGCUAUCCCUUCGAGGAGCUCUCCCAGGGCCAGCAGCUCUGCAAGGAAUGUCGGAUUGCGCAUCCUAUUGUAAAAUGUACUUACUGCAGAUCAGAAUUUCAACAAGAGAGCAAAACUAAUACAAUUUGUAAGAAGUGUGCUCAAAAUGUGAAGCAAUUUGGCACGCCUAAACCUUGUCAGUACUGUAACAUAAUUGCUGCAUUUAUUGGUACAAAGUGUCAGCGUUGUACAAAUUCAGAAAAAAAAUACGGACCACCUCAGACCUGUGAACAGUGCAAACAACAAUGUGCUUUUGAUCGAAAGGAGGAAGGAAGAAGAAAGGUUGACGGAAAGUUAUUAUGCUGGCUCUGUACUUUAUCAUACAAGAGAGUUUUGCAGAAGACAAAAGAACAAAGGAAGAGCCUGGGAUCUUCACAUUCAAACUCAUCUUCUUCAUCUCUUACCGAGAAAGACCAGCAUCAUUCAAAACAUCAUCACCACCAUCAUCACCAUCACCAUCGUCACAGCAGUAGCCAUCACAAAAUCAGCAAUCUGAGUCCAGAACAAGAGCAGGGACUGUGGAAACAGAGCCAUAAAUCCUCUGCAGCAAUUCAGAAUGAAACUCCAAAGAAAAAGCCCAAAUUGGAAUCUAAGCCAUCUAAUGGAGAUAGUAGCUCUAUAAAUCAGUCAGCAGAUAGUGGGGGAACAGACAAUUUUGUCCUUAUAAGUCAACUGAAAGAAGAAGUGAUGUCACUUAAACGUCUCUUACAGCAGAGAGACCAGACCAUUUUAGAAAAAGAUAAAAAGCUAACUGAACUAAAGGCGGACUUUCAGUACCAAGAGUCAAAUUUGAGAACAAAGAUGAACAGUAUGGAAAAAGCUCACAAAGAAACUGUGGAACAACUUCAGGUGCCAAAUAGGAUUCUGUGUGCUGCAGCAGGGAGCCUCUAGUGAUCAAGGCCAAGGCCAGCCUCCCAAGAGUACUGCAAGGCCAAAAACAGGGAACUACUCAAACAGGUCGCAGCAUUGUCAAAGGGUAAAAAGUUUGACAAAAGUGGAAGCAUACUAACAUCUCCUUGAGAAAAUAGUUAUUCAUGCAGUGUUUCUGCUGAAAAUGUAAAUUUGAGAAAAGUUCUGUGAAGCCCUUAAAUUCUGUGUAGUGGAGAAAUAUUUUUGCACACCAGAUGAAUUGGCGUGUUUCCUAUUCACUUUUAUAACUGAUAUACAGCAUUUUUUAAGUUGUAAAACAUUCAAAUAAAACUUCAACUGGCUUGAAGUUAAUUUUUAAUGAUUUGAUAUCCAGGAACUUUUUUGCCAGCAAUAGUAUUAAACACUUGUAAAGGAGUGCAUGAGUCGUGCCCUUUAUAAAAUGCAACAUGCAAUAAUAGAGUGGAUGAUGGUGUUCAGAAGUCAGAGCAGCAGGGCUUUCGGUUUGUUUUGGUUUUGUUUUUACACUAUGCUGAUUUCAGAUAAACAGUUUUCAAUUUAGAAAUACAAAAGCUUUUAAACAAGGAAAAUGGUAAACACUGGUUUUUUUUGGUAAUUGUGUUUUUACUUUGCAUCAACAUGAAUUUAGGAAAAAAUCAUGGUGCUUUUAUUAAAUGAACUUCAGAGUAUAUGUAAAUAUGUUUUUAAAAGUUACAUCAUUAACAUUAGUUAGUAAACUAGUAUUUUCAUUAUUGAUAUAGGAAUUAAUGUUUAUUGUACAGUAUCCAAGGUAAAAUGUGUUCUGUUUUGUACAAACUACUGUAGAUUUUUACUUACAAGUGCCUUUUUGCCACCUAAUGUUUUUAUUUAUAGGAAUGCCAAUCUUUUGUACAUACAGUUUGUUUUAAAAUCAUGUUUAAUAAAUGUUUGUAUAUAAAUGCAUAUGUACAGAAGCCUAUUUCAAAAGGAAAUCAAAGUUGUUAGUAAAAUGUUUGAGAUUCCAUUAAGAACCGAUAAUGCAUAUAGACUCUAGAUGAUUUUGUGGUUUGUUUCUGUGUGAUAGGAGAAGCUGUUGGUCACUGAAUUCAUUGAAUUAUGUAAAAAUACUUCCCCAAAGAUUUAAUUUUAAAUCAUUUCUGAUAGAGUAAUUUUAUUUUUUAUGUCAUACGGCUUCAUGUUCAUAUUUCGUGAGUUACAUGUUCUUUAUUUUUUCUUUUAUAAAAGUUUUUAAAAAUUUAUAAUUUUUCUGCAGUGGUCCAUAUAUCUGCUUUCCUUAUAAUAUGUGGUUAUCUAAGUUAAUAUUUAUGUACACCAUAUUUGAUUUGUAAGUUUAAAGCAAAUCUGGAAAAAUUUAAAUAAAUCAAUCCAUGAGUAUCUUUGAAUAAAUUGGAAUCUACUGUAAGAUACAGGCACUAUUUAUAAGAAAAUUAUAUCAGAGUCUUUAAAAUUGUCUAUAAAAGGUUAAGUAGGUUGGGAUAGGUUAUGUAAAGUUAUUGACUAAUUAAUUUCUGAUCCAUUGGUUUUCAGCCUUUAAUGCAAUUGAUCUCCUUAGUAAAUGCAAGUUCAGGCUUUCAAUUCAAUUGUGAAGCAUCAGGCAAUGCUAGAUAUACUGUAUAGAGUGGGAGAGAGUUCCUUCUCUUGGGAAUUUAUGGGCAAGGAUUAAAUUUAAGUAAACUUAAUAAAUUUACUAGUUUUUAAGUUGUUUAUAUAAACUGAUUAUAAAUGUCAGGUCAAAGAUCAUCUUUUCUCAGAACACAGGAUGGUUAUAAUAAUUGUUUUUAACAUAACCAAUGUUUCAGGAGAUGAUUCCUGCAGUUUUUCAUUAUAUGUUGAUAUCAAAUAAUUCUUUGUCCAAUUUGAAAACAUUAUCUAGGGUAAUUUUGAAGUAAUAUAGCAAAAGAUUGAAUCAAUCAGACUUGACUUGGAAAAAUUAAACCAGUUUAUUUUUAUGAGCUCUUCAUGCAAUAAUCUUCCUAAAUUUAGUACUCUCAACAAUGAUAGAUAAUGCCUUCUUAACACAGAUUUUAAUGUUUACAGGAUUUGCUAAAUUCAUAAGGUAGUCAUUACCUUUCUUUGAAAUUAAUACUUUUAUAUUCUGGUUUCAUAGCCAAUAAUCAAUCCACAGUGCUCAUUAUAGUUUUAAAAUAAACUAUGUAAUAGUUCUUAUAACAUGUUGGAGCUGCUACUAAAAACCAAGGUGCCCCUUCCCCUUUUUUAGAAAACAGAUUAAAAAUUGAAGACUCAGUCUCAAUCAUUAAGUUUUGUAAAUUCUAAGUAUAAAACUUUUUAGGGGCUUCACAGUAUUUAGUCCUAAUUAAAUGCCCUCUCAUUAUUCCAUGACCUUAUUUUAUAACUUAAUUUUUUUGCAAUUGUAUAAACUAGUAAUUGAGUCCCAGUCCUGGAUUUGUAGUGUAUUGACAUAAUGAGCUGAUAUUUAAAUGUGGACCUGUAAGGAGAUACUAUGGUGUGCCGUAUUGUGCUUUUUAGCCCGUUUUCAACUAUUAAUUAGCAUUUACCAGUGAGGGUCAUUUUGGCCCAGGUUAUUUAUGUAUUAAUAGCCUGUGAAUAUUGCAGUUCUUUUUAGAUUGUAUUGGUCUAAAUAUGCAUUCUCUGGUGAACCUGGUAAGCUGUUCACAUGUAUAGACUAUUGAAAUACUGUACUUGUACACAUCUGACUGUUGACAUUUUGUACUUUUUUCUAAAUCCAAUAUUUCACAAUAAAAACUUGUCAAAAUUUU